GGGAGAGCGGCGAGGGGGAGGGGGGAAGGAAGGGAGGGGGGAGGAGGUGACUGGAGCGCGGAGACACCAGCGCGAGGAUCAUGGCGGAUGGCCCCAGGUGUAAGCGCAGGAAGCAGGCGAACCCCAGGCGCAAUAACGUUACCAAUUACAACAACGUUGUAGAAACCAACUCAGAUUCCGAUGAUGAAGACAGAUUGCACAUUGUUGAAGAGGAGAGCAUAACAGAUGCAGCGGAUUGUGGUGACAGCGUGCCAGAUGAUGACUUGCCAAAAGACCAUACAGUAUUACCAGAAAGCAGUGAAAGAGAAGGAAGUGCAAACAGUUGCUGGGAAGAUCAAGCUAGUAAAGAAGUAAAAGAAAUCCUGGGGCCUGAAGCUCAAGCAGUUGAACCUGGAUGUGCAGAAAAAGAAGAUGAAUGUGAUUCUGAUGCAGAAAAUGAACAAAAUCAUGACCCUAAUGUUGAAGAGUUUCUGCGGCAAGAAGAUACAGCAGUUAUCUAUCCUGAAGCACCUGAGGAGGACCAGAGACAAGGUACACCAGAGGCCAGCGGUCAAGAUGAAAAUGGCACACCAGAUGCAUUUUCCCAGCUGCUUACAUGUCCUUAUUGUGAUAGAGGGUACAAACGCUUUACCUCUCUGAAAGAACACAUUAAAUAUCGCCAUGAAAAAAAUGAAGAUAACUUUAGUUGCUCAUUAUGCAGUUACACGUUUGCAUAUAGAACGCAGCUGGAACGCCAUAUGACAUCACAUAAAUCAGGAAGAGAUCAAAGACAUGUGACUCAAUCAAGUGGUAACAGAAAAUUUAAGUGCACUGAAUGUGGAAAAGCUUUCAAAUAUAAACAUCACUUAAAGGAACACUUACGCAUCCACAGUGGAGAGAAGCCAUAUGAGUGCCCAAACUGCAAGAAACGUUUCUCCCAUUCUGGCUCCUACAGUUCCCACAUAAGCAGUAAGAAAUGUAUCGGUUUGGUGCCUGUGAAUGGCCGAGCACGAUCAGGGAUCAAGACAUCUCAGUGCUCUUCCCCGUCCCUUUCUGCAUCGCCGGGUAGCCCAGCAAGACCACAAGUACGGCAAAAGAUAGAAAACAAGCCCUUACAAGAACAACUCCCCGUAAACCAAAUUAAAACUGAACCUGUGGAUUUUGAGUUUAAGCCCAUAGUGGUUGCUUCAGGAAUCAACUGUUCAGCCCCUUUGCAAAAUGGGGUUUUUAGUGCUGGUAGCCAAUUACAGGCAACCAGUUCUCCUCAGGGUGUGGUGCAAGCUGUUGUUUUGCCAACCGUCGGUCUGGUGUCUCCAAUAAGUAUCAAUUUAAGUGACAUUCAAAAUGUACUCAAAGUCGCAGUGGACGGCAAUGUUAUAAGGCAGGUAUUGGAGAACAGUCACGCCAGUCUUACAUCCAAAGAACAAGAAACAAUCAAUACUGCAUCCAUUCAACAAGCUGGACAUUCCCUCAUUUCAGCUAUUAGUCUUCCUUUGGUUGAUCAAGAUGGGACAACCAAAAUUAUCAUCAACUACAGUCUGGAGCAACCCAGCCAACUUCAGGUGGUUCCCCAGAACCUGAAAAAAGAAAACUCUGUGCCAGCAAAUAGCUGCAAAACUGAAAAGUUACCCGAAGAUCUUAGAGUGAAGUCAGAGAAAGAAAACAGCUUUGAAGGAGAGACCAAUGAUAGCACUUGCCUUCUUCGUGAUGACUGUCCAGGAGAUCUUAAUGCACUUCAAGAAUCAAAGCACUAUGAUGUGAAAAAUGUCAGUCAGCCACUUCAGCCCAGCGGCACAGAAGCAGAAAAGUCUGAAUCCUCUGGUUCAUCAGAAGCUGCAGAGGCAAACCUGUCUCCCGGUCAACCUCCUUUAAAGAAUCUUUUAUCCCUCUUAAAAGCCUAUUAUGCAUUAAAUGCACAGCCAAGCUCAGGAGAGCUCUCCAAAAUCGCCGAUUCAGUAAAUUUGCCAUUGGAUGUUGUUAAAAAGUGGUUUGAAAAAAUGCAAGCUGGUCAAAUUUCUGUGCCCUCAUCUGAACCAGCUUCCCCUGAGCCUGACAAAUUAAAAAAUUUGGUCGAUAAUGAAGACCCCGUGGGACUUACAGCUGCAAAUGAACAGCAGGACGUCAUACCGGAUUCUCCGAGCCCCCCCACCGCAGAUAAACCACAGGCUGCGUCAGCAGGACCUGCUCAGAACGAUUCGCAGAGUAACCCACCAUCCCCAUCACCUCUUAACCUCUCUUCGUCUAGAAAUUCACAGGGUUAUGCCUACCCUAAUGAGGGUGCCCAGGAAGAGCCACAAAUAGAACCUCUUGAUCUUUCACUACCAAAGCAACAUGGAGAGUCCUUGGAACGAUCUACCAUAACUAGUGUUUACCAGAACAGUGUUUAUUCUGUCCAAGAAGAACCUUUGAACUUGACUUGUGCAAAAAAAGAACCACACAAGGACAGCAGUGUUACAGACUCUGAACCAGUUGUAAAUGUAAUCCCACCAAGUGCCAAUCCCAUUAAUAUUGCUAUACCUACAGUUACUGCCCAGUUACCUACAAUUGUUGCCAUUGCUGACCAGAACAGUGUUCCAUGCUUAAGAGCUCUUGCUGCCAAUAAGCAAACCAUUCUUAUACCACAGGUAGCUUAUACUUAUUCCACCGUGGUCAACUCUACUGUUCCAGAAACACCAAAACAGCAGGUCCAGCCCAAUGGAAGUCAGGAUGAAAGACAAGACACUAGCUCAGAAGGGGUAUCAAACGUGGAAGAUCAGAAUGAUUCUGAUUCCACACCACCGAAAAAGAAGAUGAGAAAGACAGAAAAUGGAAUGUAUGCUUGUGAUUUGUGUGAUAAAAUAUUCCAGAAGAGUAGCUCACUCUUAAGACACAAAUACGAACACACAGGUAAAAGACCUCACGAGUGCGGCAUCUGCAAAAAGGCAUUUAAACACAAACAUCAUCUGAUCGAACACAUGCGGCUGCACUCGGGAGAAAAGCCCUACCAAUGUGACAAAUGUGGCAAGCGUUUUUCGCAUUCGGGGUCUUACUCCCAGCACAUGAACCACCGUUACUCGUAUUGCAAAAGGGAAGCGGAAGAGCGGGAUGGCACGGAACAGGAAGAGGGCGGCAAAGAGGAGCAAUUUCGGCAAUGACCAUACUUAGGGCGGGCCUCUCCCUCACCACUCGACUCUAACGUUAGAGAUUAUUGGAAGGGAGGAGGAGGAAGACAGUGAGAAAGAAGAGGAGGAAGAGGAAGAUAAAGAGCCAGAGGAGCUGCAAGAAGAAAAAGAAGGUGGAGAAUUACGGGAAGAGGAGGAGGAAGAAGAGGAGGAGGAGGAGGAGGAAGGCAAAACUGAAAGUAGCAGGAAAGGCGAAGAAGUUGGAAGCAAAGAAAGCCGCAUGAAACAAGAAGUUAUAUUGAAAGAAGAGCAGGUGUCAGAUGACGAGACAAAUAAAGCUUAACAAACUGAUAUGGGGUUUUGUAUAACAAAAGAAAAAAGAAAUCUCAACUGGUAGUAAAAGUUGCUCUAUGCUCUACAUGCUUUUCAUGGAACCACAGUAGCCUGUGCACUGUGAUUCCUGUUCACUACUGUGUAUGAAAAAUGAAACUAAAAACACAGAAAAUAUAAAUAUAUAUAUAUCCAGGUGUGCCUGAACCUCAAACGUAGUAAUUUUUCACACAGUUUUCAAAGUUAAGGAACAAGUUUGACAUGAAACAGACUGGAAGAGAUAUGGUGGCUCUGAAAGCAAAGGUUUAACAUGUUGUAGGAAACAUGUUUUAUUUGGUAUAUGUUGGACGUCAGUUCGUUUUUAUCAGUAUUAAUUUUUUUUCAUUCUUUUUGUUGGUUAAUUUGUGUUGGGUUUUUUUUUCAACUGUACAAUUGGGAGAGAUUUAUGUUCUUUUUUUAAAAGAAAUGAUCAGUGAAAACAAUUCUGCUAAUUCCGCUUCAGUAUUUUUUCUUAUAUUUUUUUUUAAAAUGUGAGAACUUCUGCACUACAGAAUUCCCUCAAGCAGAAAGGUAUGAUGCAGUUCCAAACAGUGCUUGACUACCUUUGUAAAUUCAGCUUAGAGAAGGUAGCAGUUUAUGACAUUUAGAUGUUGUUAGUAGAACAUGUUCUCAUUUAAAGUGUAUGGUUAGCCUUAAGGAAGCAGCUAAUAGAAGAACUGAAGUUUCUUACUCAUGUGGUUGAAAAAAAAAAAGUAGUUUGAAAAGAUUUGUGGUGGAGUUCUGAUUGCAGGGACUAACAGUGUUAAUACUGAUAAGGACAGCCAAGUUGUCACAAUCAGUGUUUGUAAUAGUGUCUGGAAUAUGUAGUUUAAAAAAAAACAAUAUGAAGGAUUUGACAUGAAGCUUUGUAUCUCCUUUGGCCUUAUGCAAGACCUUUUGUGCUGUAAGUGCCAUUUCUCAGUAUUUUAAAGGCUCUGACCGGCCUUUCUCCAAUGUGUGGCCUACAAUAACUAGCAUUUGUUGAUUUGUAUUAAACUUCUGUAAACUAAAUCAUGGGGGGGCGGGGAAACGGGAAACUCAGCCAUCGGAUAAGUAAAAGCACUGGUACAUUUCAUAAUGUAAUUCUUCAGUAUUUGUUAAUUACUUGGGGGGAUUUCUCUACAGUAAUUAGGAAGGGAAAUUUCUCGUCUACUUUUUUUGAUUUCAAUAAUUUUCAGACACAUACAUGAUAAGUUAUUGGGCUCAUAAACGUUUCCAAAUGUUAGUUAUUCUGGACCCCAUGUAUUGACAAUGUUAGCUGAUUUUAACCUAUCAGUAUUAUUUUAUUUCUUUUAGUUUAUAGCUCUGUGCAACAUUUUGUACUGUAUGUUUUCAAACCUGGCAGUAUUAAUACCCUUCUUACUGACAUAUGUACCUUUUUAGUUUUAGAAAACUUUUAUAUUUAUGUGUCUUAUUUUUAUAUUUCUUUAUUUAUUACACAGUGUAGUGUAUAAUACUGUAGUUUGUAUUAAUACAAUAAUAUAUUUUAGUAUGAAAAUUUGGAAAGUUGAUAAGAUUUAAAGUAGAGAUGCAAUUGGUUCUCUUGCAUUGAGAUUUGAUUUAACAGUGUUACGUUAACAUUUAUACUUGCCUUGGACUGUAGAAGAGAAGAAUUAAAAUGGGAAUGUAUCAAUUUUACAAUUGCAAUCAGUUCAUUUUACCUUUUCCCAGUUUUUAAUAUAAAGCUCUUAAAUUUUAAAAUUCACUGUCUGAAUAAUAGCAUGAUGCUCUGCAGUUUUAUUAAGAGACUAGUCUAACCAUAAAACACUCAUUUCCUUAGUAAGCCAAGCUAGAAUAAUCUUCUAAACAGUGUUGGGAACAAUGUUUAACAUUUCUGUGCCAAUUUGUUCCUGUAUUCAUGUAUGUGAGUUACAAAUCUGAAACUUAAUUUUUUUUAAGUUCCUUGUUACAUCCUGGUCAUUUUCUAGUUUUCUACCAGACUCCCCAUCUCACAAUAAAAAGCGUCAACAAG